UCUCUCUCAAUCUGUGGCAGCUCUAACGUUUGCCUUAGAUUCUGAUCUUCAAAUCUCUUCUUCGAGCUUCAGUCAUGGCGCCUGCUGAAGAAGCUUCCGUAGCAGUCGAAUUUGUUUCUGAUCUUUCCGUCAUAGAGCCGGUCGAAGAGAAACCGGAAGCAAAGGCUACGAAGGCAAAAAAAGCUGCAGCUAAGAAAGAGCCUAAGGAGCCUAAAGCUAAGAAGCCUGCCGGUACGAAGAAACCCCGGGCUGCUUCUGCACAUCCUCCAUACAUUGAGAUGAUCCAAGGGGCGAUUGUAUCUCUGAAAGAGAGAACCGGUUCGAGUCAGUAUGCAAUUACGAAGUUCAUCGAGGACAAGCAGAAGGCGAACCUUCCCCCAAAUUUUAAGAAGCUUCUUCUUGUGCAACUAAAGAAGCUUGUCGCAGCAGGAAAGCUCGUGAAGGUUAAAAACUCGUUCAAGCUACCAGCUGCGCCUAAGCCAGCACCUGCUUCCGCUCCCAAGAAAGCUGUAGCUGCGAAGCCUAAAGCUGCGGCUAAGCCGAAGGCUGCAACCAAGCCUAAGGCCGCUCCUGCUAAGCCUAAGGCGAAGACUAAACUUGCUGCUAAACCGAAAGCUGCUGCCCCUGCCAAGCCUAAGGCUCCGGCGAAGCCGAAACCUGUGGCUAAGCCAAAGGCUGCUGCCAAGCCUAAGCCCAAGCCUAAGCCAAAGGCUAAGCCAGCGCCCAAGGUUGCGAGAACUUCUACUAGGUCUUCUCCAGGUGCGAAGAAACCGGCGGCUUCCAAGCCAAUUGCUGCGGCAGCUAAAAAAGCACCGGCGAAGAGUGUGAAGAAGCCGAAGAGUGUGAAAUCGCCGGCGAGGAAAGCUCCUGCAAGGAAGGCGAAGAAGUAAAGGGAUGGUUUGGAUUCGUAUGAGAGGUAGUUCUGUAAAUUUAAGUGAGGUUGGGCUUGUUACUUGUUAGGUUGUAAGAUGCCCAAAAGUUAAAAGAAGAAUCAAAAUUUGUACAACAGUAGUGUAGUAGUCUUCUUGAUUUCUUUGAAUCUGGUUUAGCUUGA